UAACACCGUGUGCUGACGGUGGUGGUGGUGUUGGUGUGGGUGGAGGAGUGUGGAGGAGAGACAGACAGGCGCAUCAAUGACAGGGACGGCGGCACACGAACACUCACCGCUCGGCUCGUUUCAUGUUUGAGGCUCCAGGCAGCGGACAGCCGGCCGUCUGUGAUCCGAGCUGAGGAUGCGGGAGCAGGUGUGGGCCUCCUGGUUCCCCCGCUGCCUUCUACUCAUCAUCACCGCUCACGCACCGUCAGUGUCCGCCGGCAGAGACCUGCGGCCGUGCGAUGAGACAGACUACUACUACCAGUACACAGAGUGUGACAGCACAGGCUCACGAUGGAGAGUCUCCAUCCCUCUCAACCCAGGCUCCUGCUCAGACCUUCCACCUCCGACCAGAGGCACAGACUGCUCUUUUUCCUGUCCGGCCGGGAAGUAUUUAGAGAUGAGCAUCCAGGAGUGCACGCCGUGUGCUGCCGGCUCCUAUUCACUGGGCAGCGGCCUCCGUUUUGACCAAUGGGACGCCAUCCCUGCAGGCUUCACCAGCCUGGCCAGCUUCUUGGACCCCGGCCCAAAUGGAGAGGACAUUCAGGCCUGUAACAGCUCAUCAUGGACGCCACAGGGUGUGUAUCUGGAGUCCAACCGUGACGAGUGUACGGUUUCUUUGGUUUACGCUGUCCAUCUGGAGAAGCAGGGCUCCGUCUCCUUUACGUACCAGUACCCUGACAACAACAUCUUCUUUGAGUUCUACGUCCAGAACGAGCAGUGUCAGGAAAUGGCCCAGACUGAUGACCAGAAGUGGAUUAAAGUCACUAACAAUGGAGAAUGGGACACACACACAGUGAAUCUGAAGUCCGGAACAAACAUCCUGUACUGGAGAACCACGGGCAUCCUGGUGGGAGGCAAGAUGGUCAAACCUGUGCUGCUCAAGAACAUCCAGAUAGAGGGUGUCGCCUACACAUCGGAGUGUUUUCCGUGUCGACCCGGCUGGUUCAGCCCGGCCCCCGGCUCCUCAUCCUGCGAGCCGUGUCCCAGCAACACCUUCUCCAUAAAGGACGCAGCCUCCUGCACACCCUGUCCUGAACACCACUACUCACAUGAGGGAUGGGCGGAGUGCAAGGUGAGGCCGCCGUGCUCGGAGAAGGAUUACUUUCAGAUCCACACGGCCUGCGACAGCGAAGGGAAGACGCAGGUGUUGUAUCGUUGGGUGGAGCCAAAAAUCUGCGUGGAGAACGUGACGGGGGCUGUGGAGCUCCCUGCAACAGGGCAGAGAAAGCCCUGCCCUCCCUGCAACCCCGGCUACUACAACAGCAACGACUCCACCUGUCUGCCCUGCCCACCUGGAACCCACUCAGACGGCACCUCCGCCUGCACUGAGUGCCCUGCAGGUACAGAGCCCGUGUUGGGUUAUGAAUACAAAUGGUGGAAUGUGCUGCCUUCCAACAUGAAGACUUCGUGUUUCAACGUGGGAAACUCCAAAUGUGACGACAUGAACGGAUGGGAGGUUGCAGGGGACCAUAUUCGCAGUGGAGCGAGCAGUUCGGAUAAUGAUUAUCUCAUCCUCACCCUGCAUGUUCCUGGCUUCAAGGUCCCAGCCUCGCUGUCAGGGAUGACCGGUAAUGAGUUUGGCCAGAUAACCUUUGUGUUUGAGACCAUCUGCUCCGCCGACUGUGAGCUCUACUUCAUGAUGGAUGUGAACAGUAAGAGCACCACGGUGGUGGAGUCCUGGGAAGGCAGUAAAGGGAAACAGUCGUACACACACAGCAUGACCAGGAACGCCUCCGUCACGUAUACGUGGGCCUUCCAGAGGACGAACCAGGCGCUGGACAUGCGUCGUUACGUCAGUGACAUGGUGAAGGUUUACUCCAUCAGUGUGACCAACGUCAUUGACGGUGUGGCGUCGGCGUGUCGGGUCUGCGCUCUGAUACCCCAGAACUCCCAGCGGGCCGGCUCCUCCUGCGUUCCCUGCCCCGCCGGGUUCUUCAUCGACAGAGACACCAACCGAUGCCAGGAGUGCCCGCCCAACACGCACCUGGCGGGGCGCCACACCUACGGCCAGGACGCGUGUGUCGCCUGUGGACCUGGAAGCGUGAGCAACAAGGAACACUCUCAAUGCUACAGCGACUGCUCCUUCACCCACACGGAGAACAACCGCACGCUGACCUUUGACCUCAGCCCUCUGAGCGACGUGGCCUCGGUGACCAUCGGGCCCAGUUUCACCUCGAAGGGAACAAAAUACCUCCACCUGUUCAACAUGAGCCUGUGUGGCCACGAGGGGAAGAGAGCUGCCGUCUGCACAGAUAACGUCACCGUCGUGUCCAACAAGGACGACGAGAGCGACCCGGCUCAGUUUGUCAACUCAGUGGACAGCUUCAUCUGUCAGUCAACCAUUAUCCCAGCUGAUGGGCGGGGCUUCAGGAUGGCCAUUUCCUCCCAGUCCGUCAGCCUUGCUGAUACGUUCAUCGGAGCAACAGUCGACUCCGUCCUGGACGGCGUGAACGCUAAACCAGAUCUUUUUCCUGAAAACUCAAAGGAUGUCCCAGACAUCAACUUCUUCUACAGAUCAAGACAGGCGACAGCGUCCUGCGAUCAGGGUCGCAGUUCAGUCAUCACAGUUCGCUGUAACCCUGAGAAGUCUGAACGAGGAGAGCUGUCUGUGCCCAGCACCUGUCCUGCAGGAACAUGUGACGGUUGUACGUUUCACUUCCUGUGGGAGAGCGCCAGCGCCUGUCCACGCUGCUCCGAGGACGACUAUCACCAGAUCGAGGGGGCCUGCAAGGGGGGUGUCCAGGAAACUCUGUACGUGUGGAACGAGCCAAAGUUGUGCACCAAAGGCGCGUCGCUGCCUGCGAGGAGCUCCGUUCCAUGCGAGGCCAUCGCUCUGUGGCUGAAGGUCGGGGUCGGUGGCGGAGCCUUCGUCGCCGUGCUGCUCAUCUCUCUCACCUGCUACUUCUGGAAGAAAAACAAGAGGCUGGAGUACAAGUACUCUCGCCUGGUGAUGUCCGCCAACAAGGAGUGUGAGCUUCCAGCUGCAGACAGCUGUGGUCUGGCUGAAGGGGAGGAGCCUGACGACGACGUGGUCUACACCCAGAAACCCUCCCUGCUGGGGAAACUGCGGGCCAUCGCCAACAAGCAGGAGGAUGGAGACAGCAGCGAGUCUGUGCAGCUGAACUCCUCCCAGUCUGAUCGAUGGGUGCUGGGAUAAACAGACGCCAGCCGAGAGAAAGAAGAGAGUUAAAUAAAGGAGGAGCAGUCAGUCAGUGACGCUGUCACUGCCCUCCUCCUCAUGUGUCCUUUGCCUCCCUUCACUGUGGGGGCACCACUACAGAUCCCAGUGUUAACUGGUUGCCACUCGGAUGCUGGCAGAAACUGGACAAUGGCUUUUACUCCUCGACUCUAGAAACACACAGGAAACGCAGCGCUGCUUUAACGCCAUGAUGCUCCAGGGAGGCAACAGGAAGAGAAAACUUGCUUUUAAUGUUUUUUGUAUGUUUUGUAUUUUUAUUUGGUAUUUUCUGUUUGGAGUCAUGUAUUUAUAUUGAUGUCAUAAUGAAGAACCUUUAUUAAAGUCCUAUUUGACUUUGGA